GAGGCCGCGUUGCCAUAGCAACACAGGCCCGCUCUGCGGGAUGGCUCUCAGGGAUCCUCUGGGGCGGGUCUGGGAUUCCGUUUUCUCCGCAUCCUGGUGCCUUGGGAAUCCCGGGCAUCUUGCAAAAUGAGCCCGUUGUGACGUAGAGAGAAACCGAGGGGUCAGGGUAGAGACCCGGCCCCGUGUACCUGGGCAUGCAGGCGGGAUGGGUCUGUGCGAGUCCUCGCUGCCCCAGAUCGGCAGAGCUUUGAGGCCCCGGGAGAAGGGUAACGCCCCGGGAGAAGGGGUGGUUGGUUUACAGGGGACAACGGAUAGGGGAGGUGGGUCGGAUAUCCCCACCAUUGGUUGAUGUCUUUGGGCUACAACGAGAGAGGAGCCAGUCUCCGAAAACGGAAAUUCCAGCUGUGUUGGGAAGGAUCAGAGAAAGGGGGCUGCGGGAUGUUUGGGAGUUGGAUUAGCAAAGGGACAAGGGAGACACAGGCAUUGAACCAUAAACUACUGACUCCGCAGAUGUGGCUGGCAGCGGAGACCUUCAUUGCCUCGUGGGGGGUGGGGGGGAGCCGUGCCCCUCGAGUGACAGAGGCUGGCUACAAAGACCACAGCGAGUAGAAAGCGAGAAAGAACCGUGGCUGAGCGUGGAGGACAUGGGAGUCUGAGGCAGGGGGAGGAAGGGGCAAGAAAACUUUUACCUCAGCACGCCUGGGAGAGGUGUGGCUAGAGGGGCAGGUAGGCAGGAUGGAACGGACCGCGCGGCGGGCGGAGCGGGGCGCCCUGGGUGAGUUUAAGACCUUCCCCUUUCAUUAUCUGUCAUUAUGUUAAGUGGGCUGAGGGAGUCGCCGGAGCGCUUCAAGGAGGUCUGUGCAAAUGGCCAGGGGCCUGCUCAGAAUCCCAUCAGUGGCGUCCUGCAGUACGAGGCCAGGGUGCCCUAAGGACACACACUAGUACCCACUCUUUCUUCCCUGAACACCCAUAGAAGCCCUGAAGAGCCGUCUGAUCAUCUUCGUGGUGGGGGGCCCAGGCUGCGGGAAAGGGACCCAGUGCAAAAAUAUGGCUACCAAAUACGGCUUCUGCCACGUGGGGCUGGGCCAGCUGCUGCGGGAGGAGGCUCAGAGGAGCACCCAGCGGGGCCGGCAGAUCCGGAACAUCAUGCAGCAGGGACUCCUGGUGCCCACGGCUCUCAUUCUGGACAUGGUCAGUGACAACUUGUUGUGUCAUCCUGAAAGCCCAGGCUUCCUCAUCGACGGCUUCCCCAGAGAGCUGGAACAGGCCAAAGAGUUUGAGCGGCUUGUGGGCAGGGACCCCAACAUAGUCAUAGUGUUUGACUGCUCCAUGGACACCAUGGUGCGGAGAGUGCUACAAAGAGGACGGGUGGAGCACCGGGCGGAUGACUCCGAGCCAGCCAUCCGCAAGCGUCUGGAGACACACUAUACCCUAUGUGAGCCCGUUCUGACCUUCUACCAGCAAAAGAACCUUCUGCGCCAUAUAUUGGCUGAAGGAGCCCCUGAAAACAUUUUUGCCAAGUGCUGUUCAGUCAUUGAGAGUCUGCAGUGAGCCAGGGAGAGGCCAUCCUCUGGCUUUACCCACUUCCCCACAGCACACAGGACCCAGACCUGAGCUUCCUGUCCCUAGUCACCACCACCAGAGUUGUUUACGACGCCUGGAUAGCAGCAGCACACAUCUGCUUUGGAAGCCUACUUGAAGGGCAGGAGAGACAGACGGCAGCCAACAAGACACAGGGAGGUUUUGUUACCAUUUAUUUGUGAAGUUAAAAACGAGCGAUAAAAAGUAAAAACUGCCAUACAAUUUUUUUUUUUGUAUUGUUCUCAUUUUUUUUCUCAGUUUAUCUCAUCUUCAACAGAUGACAACGUACCAGGCCAGUCCUGGGGUUGGGGUGGGUACAAGGCAGAGCCAGGGAAGAGCAGGGGGGAGAAAAGGGGAGGGGGAGAAGAGACAUAGAGAUGGGCAGGGCAGGAGGAGCCUGCAAUACCCACACCUGGUCCAAGGAAUGUUCCAACUCUAACUAAAAAAACGAAAAA